AUCACCCCACCCCAAGACAACAAUGACCUCCCCCUGUUACCCUGUGUGCCCCCUCCCCCCAGGAGGUCCAUAUGGGUUGUGUUACUCCCAGGGUGCCUUGUGUGUGCUGUACAAGAGUUCAUCAGGCAGUGGUUACUCUCAGGGGUCAACACAUGCUACUCAACUCCUUGGUGUGUAUAAAUUAAAUAAAUCCCAAGAAUAUAUAAGAAAGCCUGCAAAACGCCUGGAGGAGAUGGUUAAGACGUUGCUGACAGUACCGAUUAAGAGUCAAGAAACGUGGGUGGUACUCAAAGAACUGGUGACAAAGUGAUGCAACCAUAUCCAUCCUGCAUUUUGACUGGAACAGGAUGCUGGGUGCAGUACUGGUCUGGCCACUAGGGAGGAUUGCUUCUCAGUGAGGAAAACCACCUGUUCAAACAGCACCAAAACUAUUUUGUACCAUAUACAGAAAUUACUAAAAAUUUUGAGGACUUUCCAACAGGAUGUUUCCCUUCCUAUAUCUCACACUCUUCACUUUCAACCAAGUUCCAAAGCUAUCAGCACAAGAAGGAACAUUAGGAGAGUUCUGCCCACUGCUAUGUGACUGUGGGUUAGACAUAGACUCAGAGUGGGGGGAGGGCGCUAGUUGCCAUGGGUGGGGAUUCCUGGACACACCAGAAGACCUCCCCACACAAGCAAGAUGGCUGGAGCUGAUCGGGUUCACCAUGGGAGGAAUACGGUCCGGCGAGCUGCGCGGCUUCCGAAACUUGCGGUACCUGUCGCUGAAGGACAGCGCCAUUUCUGUGAUACAGAAGCGGGGAUUCUACGGCCUGACCAGGCUCAAAGUUCUGGACCUCACCAGAAACUUCCUUGUGAUCAUAGACGAAAUCCUGGGAGACGUCAGAUCACUGCAGGUGCUUCAUCUGCAGUAUAACAGACUCAGAAAUGUGGAAACAGCAUUUCACAAAACCACCAACAUGACCUGGCUUAAUCUGAAAAACAACAGAAUCAGCUCCAUCAAGAUGGCCUUCAGGAAUCUUACUAAGCUUGAGACAUUGUACCUCCGUUACAACAACAUUACAGACCUGGGUACAGCAUUUGCCAACCAGAAGGUGCUGAAGAACUUGGAUUUGGGACACAACCAAAUAAAGACCAUCAAUGCUGAAGCCUUUAAAGGACUAGAACAGUUAGAACAACUGUUUCUGAACAACAAUGAGUUGAGGGUUGUCCACAACAGGGCGUUCAUAUCACUGAGGCAGCUUUGGCGACUGGACCUCAGCAGCAACCAUAUUGUACGAGUGAACGGCCUCUUCCGAGCGAACCAAAAACUUCAGGAGCUGGACUUGGGGAACAAUUACAUCCGUAUAGCCACAAAAGCAUUUCAGGGACUCCACAAACUUGUUGACCUUAACCUUCGGAACAAUCAAAUUCGGACGAUCCGUGACGCGUUCAGAGAUCUGGACAGUACGGAAUCUCUGGAUCUCAGCAAUAAUCAGAUCACUGACAUCCAAGGGUCCCUGAAUUACUUGAUCAACCUGAAGGAACUUCUCCUAGCCAACAACUUGCUGUGGUCCUUAACACGGCAGUUCCGAGGGUUGAACAAGCUGGAAUAUCUCGACCUUCAGAGUAACCAGAUCCAGCAUCUCGGUGAUGCCUUCCGCGACCUUGAGAAUCUAAGAUGGCUGCUCCUACAGAACAACAAGAUCCGGUCCACCGUUUCUGCCUUACAGAGUAUGAGAGAACUUGUGCACCUUGAUCUGAGUCACAACAGCAUUGCACAUCUCAACUACAGCUUACAUCAGAACAAGAAAGUAGAACUGCUGGACCUGAGUCACAACCGCAUCCAGUUCAUCUCCUGGGAACUCAACUACAUGGUGAGGCUCAAGUUUCUCUACCUGCACAGCAACGCGCUGACGUUCCUCAGAAACGGGUUCCACAGCCUCUCAAACCUGAAGACUCUAACCCUGGCUCAUAACCGUAUUUACUCCAUCGAAGACGUGUUUCGGGACCAACAGCAGCUCGAGUCUCUCGAUUUGAGUCGUAACAAGAUCAGGGACAUCCAGAACUCGCUCGACAAACUAUCCAAACUACGCUGGCUGGACCUGGGGCACAAUCGCGUGAGCGUUAUAACCAACGCCUUCUCCAAGCUCGACAACUUAGAGGCUCUCAGUCUAGACCACAACAGGAUCGUCAUGGCGAUCGAUGCCUUCACAAACAACAGGAAGCUCAGGAGACUGGACCUGAGUCACAACCCGCUCGUGUCCAUCAUCAGGCUCUUCACAGAACUCGGCGAGCUGAGAGAGCUCCAUUUGGAACACAACUCCAUACAGAAGAUCAACAACACCUUAACUGGGCUGAAAAACCUGCAGUGGUUGUACCUACAACACAACAAACUGACAACACUUGCUAGGGAACUCAGGAAAGUUCCCAAGCUGCAAGGCUUAGACAUAUCAAAUAACAACAUCUCAUCUCUGGACAGGGAGUUUUCCAGGACUCCACACAUAGUGUCACUGUACGCAGGACACAACAACAUACUGGACAUCACCAGAGCUUUCUCCAACAUGCAGGAAGUGAAGGAAAUCAACCUACAACACAACAGAAUUACAGAAGUGAAGGGAGCCUUUAGCAGGAUAAGUAUGGUAGAGAGGUUGGACUUAAGUCAUAAUAACAUCAGUGAUGCUGAUGACAGCUUUGAUCAGCUGCUAGAGCUAAAAAGUUUAAACCUAAGCAGCAAUAGAAUCAAAAGUGUGAAGUAUGCACUAGACCAGAAUAAACUCCUACAAAAACUAGAUCUCAGCCACAACAAAAUUACUUCCAUCCACUCUUCCUUUGCACACCUCGAGCUGCUGAAAGAACUGUACAUACACCACAACAACAUAGAGUACCUCGACAAGGGCAUCUACAGAAACAAAGAGCUUCAAAUCAUUGAUCUGAGUCACAACAACAUCAGCGACAUCAAGUCAGUGUUCCAGCACCACCCAAAGCUGCGAGAGCUCUACCUCCAACACAACGUCAUACAGAACAUCGGCAAUGCGUUCCUUGAUGACAACCUGAUAUGGCGACUGAACCUGAGCUAUAACAGCAUCGACAGUAUCGGCUGGACCUUCCGAGACUUCCCUCAUCUUUCCGAACUCUACCUCAGCUAUAAUGUCUUAGAUACGGUAGAAGGAGCUUUUGGAUUGUUCAGCAAGAUUUCUGUCUUGUAUCUUGACCACAACCUCAUAGGCCCCAGUGUGAGUGAACUGUAUGUAGAGCUUAAAGACCUCACGAAGCUUGACCUUCGGGACAAUCGCCUGACCACGAUGAGUUACCAGAUCCAGCACUACGGCAAGUUCAACAAGACGUGGCUGGGCGACAACCUCUGGCACUGCGACUGCAACAUGGUGUUCUUCCGCCAGUGGCUGUUGCUAAGAUACGACCGUGAAGAGAUCGACGUUCAAUGUUCAACACCACUGAGGCUACGCGGGAUGAACCUCUGGGAUGUUCCAAGGAUUUUUCUCGGAGAGGAGCCUCCCGUGGUGUCCAUUUACCCCGGGGACUAUUUUGUCAGGAGUGGGUACAGCGUGGUGUACAAGUGCGAGGCUGAGGGCUGCCCGGCUCCGCAGCUCGAGUGGACCAAUCAGGACGGGAUCGUGCUUAACGAGGAAGACGACAGUUCGCGAGUGCGAGUGGGUCCGGGAGCAGACGGAGCGAUGUACCUGCAGAUCAGACCCACGCUAGUCUGGGACACGGGAAACUACACCUGCACUGCUACCAACAAUGGGGGGAACUCUACAGGAACAGUCUUUCUAAGUGUAACACCAUAGUUCUAGAUACAAGACGUAGACCUUUGUACUGUAAUUCUAGAUAUGCUCAGGCCCAAGUAUGCCAUUUUACAUAGCACUUUACCUCUUUAUGAUUGUUUUGUUUUCAUGCACCAUUUUGUAACAAUCACCACCACCGGCCAUGCCAGGAUGAAUAUAUAAAAGCCUCACUUCUGAGCUUUAUGCUCCCCGAGGGGCUUUGCUUAGCACUCCAUAGAUGUAUAUGCUCAAAAGGCUAUACUCACUUGAUCUUAUCUAUAGCUUUUGUGUCUCUCUUUAUAUAUAUCUACUGUAAUGGACAGCAAUUCCACCUGUCUAUUAAAUUUCUAAAACAUGUACAAGAAUAAAAUGUUUGUCUAGUUCCUGUAUGUGGGGCCUCUUGUGUAGA